AUGGAGCUCACCUCCAACCAGACGUGCAAUACGACACUAGAAGUUAUGCGAAUCGGCGGCUCUGAAGUGGCACUCAUCGGAAAUCUGAGCUUUCAUGAUCUGGGUGUGAUUGUUGCCGCUUCAGCUGCUGCGAUCGCUAUCAUGACCUCUUUGUAUCUAAUAUUCAUGCAUGCCACUCAUUACACCAAGCCAAACGAACAACGACACAUCAUUCGAAUCCUAUUCAUGGUUCCAAUUUACUCAACGUCAGCUCUUCUCUCUUUCAUGUUCUACUGGCACGCAAUCUACUUUCAAGUUUUAUCCGAUUGUUACGAAGCUUUCGCUAUCGCCUCUUUUUUUGCUUUACUCUGUCAUUACAUCGCCCCAAACCUACACGAACAGAAGAAAUACUUUCGCAGUAUUGAGCCUAAAGACUGGGUAUGGCCGGUAGACUGGUUCAAAUUAUGCUGUAUCCGAGUCUGGAGAACACCUAGAAAUGGUCUUACUUGGUUCAACAUAAUCUGGUCCGGCGUUUACCAAUACUGCUUUAUCCGAGUUGCCAUGACAAUCGUGGCAGUAGUGACACAGUACUACGGAAGAUUCUGCGAAUCAUCUCACUCACCAGUCUUUGCACACAUCUGGGUCCUAGUAAUUGAAGGUUCAGCUGUCACUAUAGCCAUGUACUGCAUUGUCCAAUUCUACAUUCAGCUAAGUGCCGAGCUCGUAGCCCAAAAACCAUUCAUUAAAGUACUGGCUAUCAAACUAGUCAUUUUUCUCUCUUUCUGGCAGACCUUUUUGAUCAGUAUCCUCACUUCUGAGGCUUUUCAAGCCAUCAAGCCCAAUCCGACAAUCAGCUACCCGGAUCUUAAAGUUGGCAUUCCAUCCCUGCUGCUAUGCAUCGAAAUGGCUGUUUUCUCUAUACUCCACCUUUUUGCCUUUUCUUACAAACCCUAUGUCUCUGAGCCUAGUACCAUCAGUAACCCAAAUGACGAAGCAAUAACAAUCAUCGUUGGCCCCAAUCAAGGAGGUCCGGCAGGCCUGUUAGCACUAGCUGAUGCUAUGAAUCCCUGGGAUCUCGUCAAAGGAUUCGCGCGUGCAAUACCCUGGCUCCUGGUAGGCCACAAACAGCGCGACACAAACGGACCGCUAAAGAGCAGCGAAACGGAUCUUCAUCUUCACACCGAGAUGUCACUUGAGCCCCAACAUAGUCGACAAAACUCCCUGGCACCCAUGGGACCCCGUAGGCCAUCCCGGAACGUCGUCAUCAACAAUUCCGGUUUCAGCCCAGCUACACGUACAAACUCACGUGCCCUUCACGCUGGGUCUUAUGUUCCUGCAAGACAGAGAUAUGACAAUGAUGGAUACGAAAUUACGACGCAUGAUGGACUGGGAAACAAUAAAAGCUUAGCCUUGGAUCACAGAGAUGAUCCAUUCCAAAACCAUGUAAUUGAAGAACCCUUUACAUCAGAAUCUAUCAGUCAGGCUUAUUUGGUAGAAAAGCGAUUAGCUCGACAAAACACGAUUGCCUCGUCCCCUAUUCAGCAAUCAAUGGGCGCUGAUGAGCCCAAAAAAGGUGAUUACGAUUGA